AUGACAUCCCUUUUCCUCACUGGUGCCACUGGCUACGUUGGUGGUCAGGUUCUCCAAGACCUCACCCGAUCGCAUCACCAAUACAAGAUUGCAGCCCUUAUCCGGGAUGAGGAAGUCGCAAAAAAGGUCACAUCAGCUUUCCCCGAUGUGCGACCAGUUAUUGCCAGUCUUGAUGACUCUGCAGUCAUCGAGGAGGAGGCUUCCAAAGCUACUAUCGUUCUGAAUCUCGCCUCGAACAAGCAUCUUGGUAGCUGGCAGGCAAUUCAACGCGGUCUUGCCAAACGAUCAUCCCCUUCAUACUGGGUCCAGAUCUCCGGUGCCAGCGCCAUCGCUGUCGGAGAGCUCGCCUCCCCCUCCUACACCCCCGGCCAGCCCUCGGAUACCGUCUUCGACGAUCUCGAUGGCAUUGCGGAGAUUCGCUCGCUCGUGCGCGCCCACCCCGCCCGUGCGGUCGAUAACUUUUUGCUCGAUGUUGCCAAGCAGAACCCUUCUAUCAAGACAGCUAUCGUGAUGCCUCCUAUCAUUUACGGCAUUGGAGAGGGCCCCGUCAACCAGUGCAGUAUCCAGAUCCCCAUUCUCUCAAAGAGAGCCAUGGAGAGAGGCAAGGCCAUCCGUCUGGGCUCGGGCCAGGGUCGCUGGGGCAAUAUUCACGUUCGCGAUCUCGGAUCCAUGAUUGCCGCCCUGGCGCUGGCCGGCGCCGAGGGUAAAGCAGAUGCUCCCCUCUGGAACGAUAACGGUAUUUACCUGAGUGGUGUUGGAGAAAUUACUUGGGCCGAAAUCUCGGAGCGAAUCGGCAAAGCAGCUUGCGAAAAGGGCUUUAUCCCCACCAGCGAAGUGGAGGAAAUCGACGAGGCCGAGGCCGAUAAGCUUCUCCCCGCUGCGCGCGUCUUCUUCGCGAGCAACGCCCGCAGCAAGGUCCGUCGCGCAGCAGAGCUGCUUGGUUGGAAGCCGGUUCACGAGGAUUUACAGACCAUCAUUCCCCAAACCGUUCAGCUGGAGGCGGAGAAAUUAGGCAAGGCCUAG